UUGGAUGUACAUUUGGAAUUGUAUAAAGUUAGAAAUGAUGUAUUACAAAAUAAUUAUUACUUAACACGCAGUUAACUUGUAUACAACCUAUUGAUAUUAUAGUUGCCAAUCGUAUGUACUUUGUAUUGAGCCUUUACCGAAUUGAGCCUUUACCGAUUGUUAGAAUUGAGUCUGUGCUGAUAAAUAUUGUAUAUUGUCAAUCGUCUAUUUAUAUCAGAUGUACUAGCAACGUCAUGCGUCACCAAGUUUUUAUAUGAUUAGACCGGACCAGGAACUUAAUGUAAGACCAUUAAGCUUUAGGAUAAAAGCAAAUACAAAAUGGAAGCAGAAACAAGUGAGACACUGAAGAAACAAUUUCAGUUACUUCAAGAACAACAACAGAAGAAAUUACAAAGGAGGAAGCAGAAGAAAGAAGAAAAAAGUAAAGAAAAAUCAAUAGUUAAUACAUCCAAUGCCUUUGGAGUUGAUGAUGAUUUAAAUCUCAAGUUAGCAGAUCCUGUACCGAAAGGCAGUGGUUAUAUAUCAGAGGAACUGGUACAACAUUUAAAUAAUCAAAUCAGGGAAGUGAAAGAUGAAAAUGGAAGAUUGUACAGACUUCUGAGUGAGAAAGAUUUUGAAAUUAGAAACUUAAAGAAGAAAAGAGAGGAAGAUGAAGCAGCUGGUGGUAAAGUAACUAAUGAAGCUGCAGCAACAAAGAUUGUAGAGUUGUCAAAAAAAGUCAGAGAACUUACAGCUGAACUUCAGUCAGAGAAAACUAAAGUUAAACAAUAUGGUAAAAAAUGUAUGGAAUUACAAAAUCAGAUUUCUAACAUCCCAGAAGAAACAAGGUCAAUGCUGGGAUCAGCUGUUAGUUUAAAUUCACAGAUGGAUGAAAAAAAGGAGAAUGAGGUUGAUGUGAAAGGUUUACAGGACAAGUUAAGACACACAGAGAAUAAGAUGUCAGAAUACAGGAUACAGUGUUCUACACUCAAAAAUGAAAUCAAGAUGGCUCAAAAGGUUUUACAACAAGAAAUUGGAACAGAAAAUAUCAGUAUACAAUCAUUAAUGAAUCAGCAGAGUAGCUGGAGGGGGAGAGCACAGCAGAUCAUUAGUCUCCAACAAAAGGUAGAAGAGUUAAAAGGGAAGUUAGAAAACUCCAAACCCAAAGAAUAUGACUUAGAGAGAGAAAUGUUAGGAAAUUCGUCUGCUAGAAAGAGAACAGGUGAUGACAGACAUAGAGAGCAGCUCAGGAAGAUUGACAAAGAAAAAAAAGAAGCUCAAGAGAGAGCAGCAAAUGAAUUCAAAGCCUUGGAAUCUGAUCAUGAAAAUUUAAAGAAGAAAUUAGAUGCUGCAAAAUCCAGAAAUUCUGUUCUGUCAAAAGAAAUAAAGUCAUUUAAACAGCAAAUGCAGACAAUGGUACAAAAGGGUCAACAUGAUGAUGAACUCAUUGAAGCUCUCAUGUUACAACAAGCACAGCUACAAAAAAUGUUAGAACAGACUAGUGAGACAAAAACACUGACAGAAGUUGACUCCCGGGAGAAAGUCAAACAAAUGGAAAUGAAAAAACAGCAUGAUAAUAAUAUCGUACAGCAACUUAAAAUUAUUGUAGCUGAAAAAGAGACUAAAGUUCAUGCUUUAGAGGAUGAAAUUAAACAGUUAAAACUGAAUCAUUUACAGAAAGCUCAGAUGGAAAAUGCCAACAUGUUAUUCCAGCCAUCCAACAGACCUCAAUCAACUAAUGAGAAUGUAGAACUGGAAUUCAGAUUAUCAUCUGUCACACCUACAGAUUCAAGAAUGAGUGACAGACCACCAACUGUUAAUAGUAUGUUAGAAUCAGCCAGGUCUCAGUCUAGAAAAUCAUUGGUUAGAGAAUCUUCCUUUACUGUGAAUAAUUUAGACAAACGUGCUGUGAAUGAGCUAACUUAUCAGUGCCAGGAGUAUAAAACUCUUAUGCAGGUAGCUGAUGUGGAAAGAGAAAAACUUUCAGAGUUAGUACAGGUCUUACAAAAAAGAUCUGACGAGAGUACACAAAAAGUAGCUGAUGUUCAAAAUGAAUUGAUAAAUCAAAGAAAAAAGAAUGCCUUGUUAGAGAAACAGAUUGGGAAGUCUAAAAUAGAACAAUCCAGUAAAUGUAAAGGUGAUGGUUUACCAUCCCGAAGUAAGAAACGGCCUGGAAGAGCUAGUAGUGUGAAUGUAGCCUCCAGUAUCAGGGAUUCUGCAGUAUUUGGUGAAAUGGAUGAAGAUGAUCUUCCACAAAAUAUGAAUCUAGAGGAGUUAGUUACUACGCUUGAAAUUCAGAAAGAUGAAAUAGACUCUUUAAAAGGAACAUUGAAAAAUACUUUGAAAGCCAAGGAAGAGGACUUGAGAAUGUAUUCACAAAUGAUGGAGGAGACUAAAACCGUGUUUUUACAAGCCCUGAAACAAUUCAAAGAGAAUGAUCAAGGCACAUGAUUAUACAUUUUGAGGUUAUUAACUUGGAAUAAUGUGCUGUUAUCUGUAUAUGAAUGGAUGAAAGUACUGUAUUGCAAUUCAUGAGAUGUGAUCAUGAAAAUACAAUUAUUUAUUUAUGAAUUUUUGAAUGUUAAAUAAUGGGUGUGGACACCUGUAAGUCCAUAGUUAAAUUCUGUCUUGACAAACUACCUGUCUGCUCAAAUAUACUCCUUUAAAGGGCCUUUGAACGGACUUUAAAAGGUGCACAACUAGUCAAGUACCAGCUACUGUUAGGAAUUUUCAUUUUUUUUUUCUUUAAAAAUAGUUUAAUAGAAUGUGUGUCUGACAAGUAUAGCACAAAAGAUUUUUCACUUUAAAAUCCUUAUUUUUAUCAAUGAAAAACAGUCACUUGGCUUGUCAUUUUAUGUAUACAUAUUACUUAUGAAUAUAUCUGCUAAAUAAUUGAACUUUUUCAAUUAAUUUAAAUUUGAUAUCUUAUUUAUCCAUGGUGUACAUAUAAAAAAGUUGUGUCAAAUAAAUCAAUAUAAAUAAGAAGAUGUGGUAUGAGUGCUAAUGCGACAACUCUCCAUCCAAGUCACAAUGUAUAAAAAGUUAACAAUUAUAGGUCAAAGUACGGCCUUCAACACGGAGCCUUGGCUCACACCGAACAGCAAGCUAUAAAGGGCCCCAAAAUGAGCAUGAUGUAAUUUUAUCUGUCUGUUAAUUUCAGAAGCAAUAUUUUUCUUGUCUAAAUCUGAAUUUGUUAACCCUCCCAUAAUCUAGGGCAGUAGUGUAACAACACGUUGUUAGAAAAAAAUGUAAAAAUCAGGUGGAAAGGUCUUCUCUCAUCAGAUGAACUUGAAUAAUAACAAACAAACAAAAAAUACCCCACAAAUUACUGAUCUAAGAGUACUCACAGUAACUGAAGGAUAGGUCAAAGCCAAUUCAACUAAUAAAUAAACCAUGUUUUCUCAGACUAAAAUAUCAGUUGGUACACAUCCAACAUAUUUAUUGUAAAGACCAUAUGAGAAAAACCUAAUCUUUGAAAUUCCACUAUAUAAGUAUCAACAGGCUAGGAUGUAGGACCAAAUAUUUGUGUAUCGUUCUACAACAAAAUCAAAAAGCAGAAAAACAAAGCGUUUCAAUGUCUUUAUAAUAUUAAGUAAAAUAGAAUUUAUAUAAAUGAAAUAAUCAUAUUUUUCUGAUGUUAGCAGCAGUUUUAACCAUUUUUGUAUGGCAAAUGUUAUUGAAGAAAGUGCAAGAUGACAGUAACUGGUCCCUGAUUGGUAUUGUUGAUAUGAUAAAAUUCUAUUGCUAAUUAUAAAAAAGCUUAUUCUGAAGUAUUUUGCAAAAAAAUAAUCAACUAGCCCAUUUUAAUUGUGUUAUUUAUUUUAAACCUGCACAUGCUUUGUAGUUUUAAUUUUUUUAUUUUGUCUCCUCUGGCAAUGUCCAGGUGUAGCAACUCACAGAGAUCACUUCUAUCAUAAUGAUAUGUGGUCAUUCAUUUCAUACUUUGUUAAUCUACAAUUCUUUGAAUAUGGCAUAAAAGAAUAUAACCAAACUAGCACAUAUUUUUCUGCAGGACAUGAAGUUGUGCACCUGCUUGAUGAAUUUUUCUUCUGAGUGUUUUUUUUGGUCCCGCAUGCGACGAAAGUUGCAGUAUGCAAGACAUAGGUAUUACUAUCCGGCGGCAGCGGCAUAAACUAUUUGUAUAAAGCUUUAUAUUUCAAAAGGUAAAAGACCUGGAUACUUCAUAUCUUGUAUGCAGAUACCUUAUGUUACGAAGUUUCCGUCAAUCAUAUGUCCAUUGUCCUUGACCUCAUUUUCAUGGUUUAGCGUCUGCUUGAAAAAAAAUUUGAGUUUAUUUGCCAUGUAAAUUUCUCACUUAUGAUGAGUAAUAGGAUAACUAUAUUUGGUAUAUGGGUUCCUUGCAAUGUCUACAUAUCAGUCAGACAGAGUUCACCUGACCUCGACCUCAUUUCAUGGAUCAGUGUUCAAGGUUAAAGUUACAUGAUUGGGUCCAUUUCUCAAAUUCUAUAAGCAGUAGGUCAACUAUAUUUGGUGUAUGGAAUGAAUGUAAUGGGUACAUGUCAGUCUGGUAGGUUUCAUCCGACGUUGACCUCAUUUUCAUGGUUCGUAGGUCAAUGUUAAGUUUUUGUGUUUUUGUCUGUUUUUUCAAGUACUAUAAGCAAUAAGUCAACUAUAAUUGGUGUAUGAAAAGAUUGUAAGGUGUACAUGUCUCUCUGGCAGGUAUCAUCAGACCUUGACCUCAUUUUCAUGGUUCAUUGAUCAAUGUUAAUUUUUUGUAGAGCCUGCAACUUUGGUCUCAGAAAGCUCGACAUAGGGAUAGUGAUCCGGCGGCAGCGUUAGCUAACUUCUUAAAAGCUUUAAAUUUUCCAAGGUGGAAGACCUGGAUGCUUCAUACUUUGUAUAUAGAUGCCUUAUGUUAUGAAGUUUCAGUCUGUCGUUUGUCCAUUGUCCUUGACCUCAUUUUCAUGGUUCAGUGACUACUUGAAAAAAAAGUUCAGAUUUUUUGUAAUGUUAAUUUCUCUCUUAUUAUGAGUAAUAGGUUAUUUAAUGUGUGCAUGCGUACCUUGCAAGGUCCUCAUGCCCGUCAGACAGUUUUCAUCUGACCUCGACCUCAUAUGGAUCAGUGAACAAGGUUAAGUUUUUGUGGUCAAGUCCAUAUAUCAGAUACUAUAAGCAAUAGGUCUUCUAUAUUUGGUGUAUGGAAGGAUUGUAAGGUGAACAUGUCCAACUGGCAGGUGUCAUCUGACCUUGACCUCAUUUUCAUGGUUCAGUGGUUAAAGUUUUUGUGUUUUGGUCUUUUUUUCUAAUACUAUAUGCAAUAGGUCAACUAUAUUUGGUGUAUGGAAAUAAUUUACAAUGUACAUGUCAGUCUGGCAGGUUUUAUUUGACCUUGACCUCAUUUUCACGGUUCAUUGCUCAGUGUUUAGUUUUUAUACGCCCGUUUACGGGACGUAUUAUGGUAUACCGUUGACCGUCUGUCCGUCCGUCUGUCCGUCCGUCCGUCGUCAACAUGUCGGACAUUAAUUCAAAAACAGUAACACAAUAUGCAUGAAACUUUUGUGAAAUGUUUAUAUCUAUUGACGUGAGCUCCCUUUCGUUUUUUAUAAAUUUAUAAAUUUCAGAUUACCAUUUCCAAGUUUUGGGGUUUUAUUCAUUAAAAAAGGGGGGAUUUUCCAGUUUUUCGGACAAUAACUCAAAAACAAUUUCACCAAUUUGCAUGAAACUUUGUUGAAUUGUUCAUAUCUAUUGACCUUAGCUCCCUUUUGAUUUUUAUGAAUUUCAGAUAAUACGUUUCCGAUUUAUGGGGUUUUAUUCAUUACAAAAAGGGGGAUUUUCCAGUUUUCAUACAAUAACUCAAAGAUGCUUUCAGCAUUUUUUAUGAAACUUUGGCAAAUUGUUUAUAUCUAUUUUUGUAAGCUCCCUUUUGAUUUUUAUAAAUUUUCGAUUUUACGUUUCCAAGUUAUAAGAUUUUAUUUGUUUAUAGUCUGACAACAGAUUUACUAAGUAUUGCGCAACAGCACAGUGUAUUGCACAACAGCAAGAAAUCUUUCAUAUAACCAAUUUCAAGUUCUUUGACUACAUUUAUUCAGAAACCUAUAAUAUAUGAAAUAUUUAAUUACAAUCAAAAUUCAGACCUGUAUCAAGCUUGAAUAUUGUGUCCUUUUUUGCCCCAACUGUUCAGGGUUGGACCUCUGCGGGCGUAUCCAGCUGCCCUCAGCGAAGCAGUUUAUUGUGUUUUGGUCUGUUUUUGUUAAACUAUAACCAAUAGGUCAACUAUAUUUGUUGUAUGGAAUGAUUGUUAGGUGUAUAUGUCUGUCUGGCAGAUAUCAUCUGACCUUGACCUCAUUUUCAUGGUUCAUUGGUCAAUGUCAAGUUUUCAUGGUAAAGUUUGUUUCUUAGAUACUAUAAGCAAUAGGUCAACUAUAUUUAAUGCAUAGAUUGAUUGUAAUGUGUACAUGUCUGUCUGGCAUGGCUCAUCUGACAUUGACCUUAUUUUCAUGGUUCAUUGGUCAAUGUUUAGUUUUCCUGUUUGUCUGUUUCUUACUAUAAGCAAUAGGUCAACUAUAUUUGGUGUAUUGAAUGAUCUUAGGUGUACAUGUAUUUUCGGUUUUGUUUAUCUGACCUUGACCUCAUUUUCUUGGAUCAUGUUAAGUUUAUGUGAUACUUUUAGUAAAGCAUUAUAUUUAGGACUAUCAACAUAAAAUCAAUGGUCAGUAAAGAAGGCGAGACAUUUCAGCAUGUGCACUCUUGUUGUGUUUUUGUCUGUUUUUCAAGUACUAUAAGCAAUAGGUCAACUAUAUUUGGUGUAUGGAAAGAUUGUAAGGUGUACAUGUCUCUCUGGCAGGAAUCAUCAGACCUUGACCUCAUUUUCAUGGUUCAUUAGUCAAUGUUAAGUUUUUGUGUUUUUGUCUGUUUUUCAAGUACUAUAAGCCAUAGGUCAACUAUAUUUGGUGUAUGGAAAGAUUGUGAGGUUGCAUGUCUGUCUGGCAGGUCUCAUCAGACCUUGAAUUCAUUUUCAUGGUUCAUUGGUCAAUGUUAAGUUUUUGUAUUUUUGUCUGUUUUCAAGUACUUUAAGCAAUAGGUCAACUAUAUUUGGUGUAUGGAAUGAUCGUAAGGUGGGCAUGUCUGUCUGGAAGGUAACAUCUGACCUUGACCUCAUUUUUAUUGUUCAAUGGUCAAUAUUAAGUUUUGUGUUUUGGUCUGUUUUUCAAAUGCUAUUAGCAAUAGAUCAGCUAUAUUUGGUUUCUGGAAUAAUUGUAAGGUGCACAUUUCUGUCUGGCAGGUAUAAUCUGACCUUGACCUCAUUUUCAUGGUUCAUUGGUCAAUGUUAAGUUUUUAUGUUUUGGCCUUUUAUUCAAUUAGCAUACGCAAUAGGUCAACUAUAUUUGGUGUAUAAAAAAUUGUAAGGUGUAUAUGUCUAACUGACAAAAUUUAUCUGACCUUGACCUCAUUGUCAUAGAUUUGUAAAAAUGUUCAGUUUCUGUAAUGCUUUUAGUAAAACCUUUAUCUUUAGACUAUCAACAUAAAAUCAAUGGUCAGUAAAUCAGGCAAGACAUUUCAGCGUGUGCACUCUAGGUUUCUCAAUUACAAAACAUGGACUUUAUCUAUUUCAUGUUUAAAAGUAAGGAAAACAAUUUCAUGUUUAAAAAUAAGGAAAACAUAUGCAUUCUUUAGACAAAAACCCUGGAGGUAUCUCCUGCUUAGUAUUUUGUGCUUUGGCAUUGACAUUUAGUGCUUUGGCAUUGCAAUUUAUUACUUUAAUUUUGUUUAAAUGUAAGUUUGAUAAUGUUUGGUAUUGGGAACCACCGACUGGGUUCUGAAAUAGUAUUUUGUGUUUUUAUACUCAAUUGGUGGAAUAUGAUAUACAAAUUCCAUUCAAAAUGUAAAGAAAAGACAAUAAAAUAUAAAGAUUUGUAUAAAUCUUCAUUACAUUUUAA